CGAACGUUUGAGUGGGAUAGAUGUCUGCGGAGAGAAUGUAAGAAAAGUCGCAUUUUUUUUGUCGCAGCGAUCAUAAGCAUGCUGCACAUUCCUGCUCAACUUGUGAUCCCAAGCCGGAUGGAGCUAAUUACUCCUCAACAUCAACGCUAUAAGGUACGCUAAGCUUUACCAAGUGAAGCGGAGUCUUUGAGUUAGAGAUACUGCCAGCUUUCGCGCAAUGAGUCGCUUAGUCAUCUGGGUGGGCUGUGGGAAAUGCCACGUCUUCGGCGGACCCGGCGCCGGUGAUAGAGCCAGCGGCAGCGGCUAUUAUAAAACAGUUAGAGUGUAAUCUUAGUAGAGACAGAUGGCUUAUCCAUAGGAAACCAAGGGGCUUUCCAAGUAUCCCAAAACAGGUCCCCUCGCGACCAAACAAGUGCACAUUUUUAAGACCUCCCGCGAAAGUUUUGAAUACGCAUGCGUUAUUGACAUUUGUUGACAUUUUAUGCGGACGCGCGUGCUGAGUGCUCUGACGUCGGCUACUUAGCUGCCGUCAAUGAAGCGCUACACUUCAGAUAGAAACAUCGCGCGCGCGUUACGGACACCACGUUCAAUUGACCACUACUACACCGUAGUAGAAUUCUAGUUUGUACGCAAUGACGCUCAGUUCACUGAUAGUAUUUGUGUCGUUUUUAUUAUUUUUGACGGAGGUCGACUCUCGACCGGUGGAGGAAGGCACUUACGACUCGGUAAACUCAAGAUUACCUCGACGGACGAAAAGAUUCCCCACGAUCAGUGCGAAUCUGAGAAAUUUACCCAAAGGCAAGAAAACAAGAUUGCCUUCUCCACAGUAUUUAUUGAAAGAUGUUUAUAUUUUCAAAGACUUGUUCGAGGAGAAACAAUCCUCGGAUGAUAGUCACACAGGAAGAGACACGGCAUUGAAUUUAAACACGUUACAGGGCAAACUACGGUUGAAACUCCAUCAGUUUGACGAAGCACAGACUCUAAGCUCACCACGAUGCGGCGUUACUGAACAAAACAUGAGAAAGGGGAGGGAGACCCUCAGAGACUUCGCCAACAGACUUCGGGUCACAACAACAAGAAGGGUUCGCAGAUUCGUUACCCAGGGAAGCAAAUGGUCACAUUCUAAGAUUCGCUGGACGAUUAAAUCGGGUGAUUUUAGCUCAAAGAUGAGUGAGGCUUCUGUGAAGUCGGUACUUACUAACGCCUUCCGCACAUGGGCUGAGGUCAUUCCUCUUGUCUUCCGAUGGGAACCGAUCGCUACAAGAGCCGACAUUACCAUUCGUUUUGUUACAGGUUACCAUGGCGACUCGAAGAGCUUCGACGGUCCUGGCAACGAGCUUGCGCAUGCGUUUUACCCCCAAUAUGGCGGCGACAUCCACUUCGACGAUGACGAGCCGUGGACGCCGUCGACGAGCGACGCUACGCACAAGAGUCUCCUGAAGGUGGCGACGCACGAGAUUGGCCACAGCCUAGGCCUGUCCCACUCCACCCAGGCAGGGUCCAUUAUGAACCCUGUGUAUGCGCUCGUGGGGACCUCCCUCGGAGAUGACGACAUUAAAGGUGUCCAGAGCCUUUACGGUCUGUGCGAUCCCAUCAAAAUCGAUGCCAUCGAGUCUUACAUGCAUAACGGUCAGACCUACAUCUUCAAGGGCUCAAGCUACUGGCGAUACGACGACCUCAACAAACGCGCCGCACCAGGCUACCCUACUCCAAUCACAGCCUGGCUUGGCGUGCCCAACGACAUUGACGAGGCGUUUCUAUGGGGACACAACUGGCAGUACUACUUUUUUAAAGGCCCAGACUACUACAGAUACAACGGUGUCACCGACUCUGUAGACCCAGGCUACCCGCGGUUGAUUUCGCAAGGGUGGCCUGGACUCCCUGCCAGUGGCAUCGACGCCGGAUUCACUUUCUCUAACCAAGUGAGUUACUUCUUCAAAGGUGACUUGUGCUAUCAGUUUGAUAACACGUUAGGACGUGUCGCAACUGGAUGGCCCAAGCUAAUCCGUGAUGUCUGGUCAGGGGUACCUAACGAUCUGGACUCGGUGUUUCGUUGGUAUAAUGAUGGCGAGACGUAUUUCUUCAAGGGGCAAAAUUACUGGAAAUGGGACAGUUCAACUUACCGUGCUAGGGGACCGUUCACUAUCAUGCAUGGCUGGCAAAACCUAUGUGAGGUAUAAAUAGACCAUCUACAACUCUGAGUUGCGAAAACAAAAUUGCGGGCGGGACUUGCUCGCGACCAGGUACCGCGCGCAAUUUUUUUUUUUAAAAACUCGUAUAUUUCGAAGUGAACUACACUAGCAUCAUUUAAAAGUAAUACAUUUAUUGAAUAUUUAAUUCUAUCUAGUUUGUAUAUUAUUUGCGAAAUAUGCUAUGGUGUAUCCCAUUAAGUUUCCGCACGCCCUACCCGAAUCUAUAAGUAAAGCAGUUGCAAAUGUUUCGGAGAAACCAUCUUUAAACUGGUCUACAAUAUUUGUUUACCAUUGAGUAAGAUUAGGCACAAAAUUGACACCACCAUUUACCCAGAAUUCCCAGGGAACAAGAUUAGGCUCGCGGAAACAUUCUGAUUCUGGGGGAUCACAUGCAUAUCACGUGACUCUGACCAUUCGCUCGACCUGACCCAACUACAUCUGUUAAUAGGGCACGGGUGAUGAGCGUGCUAAGAUUAUUAAUCACCAGUUUAAUGUACAUAUUAAUUAAACCUAUAUAUUCUUAAUGCAUUUAUUGCAUCAUGUAAAGCGACUUAUUUUCGCUAAUUUAAGACAUGCAAGAAUUGAUUUCUGCUAAUUGAUCAACAAGAAUUAAAAUUUAUUUUAUAUUUAUAUCUUUUAUGGGAAAAGCUCGUCGACGCUAUGCUUUCCGAGGAAGCAUUAAUCAAAUCGGAUUUGACCAGCGGGUCGCGGAUCGAUCCCGCAGAACAAUGAAUUGCUUUGUAUAUACUUGUUUUCAACACAGUUAACCCACGCUUUUCUACUCAUUGCUUCUUGAAACGUCAAACGUGGAAUACCUGUGGCAUGAAACUUAAAGAGAAUGAAUAACAAAAACCCAUUUGGGUGUGCUUGACACAAUUGAUUUUUUUCAAUGAAGAAAUUAGAAUUCAAAGAUUUUGUGAUAAAAAACAACAUAAAAGAAAAACAAAAUUUUGAUAUAUUGAAACUCUUGCUUCACUUGUUAUAGAAUUUCCUCUCUUAGCAGAGAAACAAAGAAAGCUCUGAGUAACGACAAAGUUGUAAUGACAGCUCUUUCUACGAAUACGAAAAAAUGUUGUGUCCUUGUGAUGCUGAAAGUGUUCUGUUUGAUACAGUAAAUUAAUCUAGAAAUAAAAAAAUCGCGUUCAAUCUACGGUAGAACUGGUUUUCUAAUGCAAAAGCAUUAUUUUGCGUUCGAAUCAUCUAUCUAUAUAUAUUUUGAUUACUGCUUUUGAGAUAGACAUUCAUAUAAAAUAGACUUUCCCUAUUUUGUAUCUAUACUCUAUGUUCGAUUUGUAAAGAACAGAAUUUCAUAACGAAAAGAAGUCAAUCUCUAUAAAUAUAACCUCAAUUAAGCGGACAUAUCGCUCCUCUGCACAUACUAUAUUUUGUAUGAUUGUAGAUGUAGAAUGGACUUUUUUCUAAAAACUAAUGAAACAAAAAGUACAUUGCGUUUACUUGUGUUUCACAGGUUUUUGAAAAUGUCACUAUAUUAACUACAAUGUAAUCGUAUUUUUUAGCAUUUGGAUUUUCUCGUUGUCCUUUCGCCUGAAACAUUAGGACGCCGUCGAAAAAAAAAAGUAUAUAGUUGAUUGUAUAGCGUAUAUCUUAGUUAUAUUAUAUCCAAUUUAUGUUAUCGUUGUGUGCAGCUCUCCCCCACUUGUUUACCAUUGAUUGGUGGUUUAUUGAGGCACGAGCAUUUCAUAGCGCGACGUGCGCUGCCGUGGGCACCUUGUUGUGAAGUCAAUAAUAAUGCAAGAAACUUGUUAUCUGGUUUACAGGGACUUUACUAAAUAAUCAGCGAGACAAAGAAAUGCUUGAGUGCACAUCAUAGCCCCACAGAAUUUCCUAGUUAUGAAGUUCAAAUAAAUGUGUGCUUCUCACAUGCUGAUUGGCUAACGCUCUUCAAGCGUUUUAUUGGUGGCCACGGCAGCGCGCGGUAGAAUGGGAGGCUGCUUGUUUCCUUGAUUCUUGGUUGCACUUCAGAUUGCUCCCCAUCAUCUCCUCCCAAUAGGGGGUGGGGUGGGGUGGGGGAGUCCAACCCACCUCAACAGGUUGAGAACGAUUAAAUUUGUCCGUGAUUAUAGUUAUAGUUUUUGUCAAGAUCGUGUUUAUAGUGAUUUAUUUGCCCUGUAAUACGAAUAGAUAAUAACAAUGAUUACAAGUCAUAUGUAACUUAAAGAAAAUCAAUACGUUUGUCGCUGGAUCGACUGAAAUAUAAUACUUUAUUGGACAA